UCUUCAUCUGUGGCAGAAGAGAAAUCUGGAGAGUGAGAAGCAUGACCUCCCCAGACGGGUUGACACGAUGAGAUUUGACCUCGCUCAGCUGAACUUUUUGAGAAGCACAGUCAGGUACCAUGGGACAGGGAAGCUUGCUGUACUGCCGAGGAAUGUAACUGAACAAGGACUGCUACUUGGAGCUCCUCACUGAAUGCCUUGAGGACUGCUUUGACUGCUGCCAGUCCAAGGUGUCCCAACAGGACAGUGCACCAGCUCACACAGCAAAAUUAAUAAAGGACUGGCUUGAAUGGGUUGGUGUUUACUACAUCAAAGACUGGCUGGGGAAUUUCCCAGAUCUUAACCUUAUUGAGAACAUUUAGGGGCUCAUCAAGAGGUGCCUCACAGGGAGGAACACCUCAAUCUUGCCUAAACUCAUGGAGCACCUCUAUGACAUAUGGGACAACCUUGAGCCCUGUCUCCUUCAGCAGCUGGCUGAAUCUGUUCCAAGAUGCUGGGCAAGCUAUGUGAAAUGUAAGGGACUCCUCACAAAGUACUAGAUCCAUAAUAUCAAUGAUGACUCAGUAAUUGGCAAGUCCUGUGAACUCCUGCAGCAGUAUGGACAGCUGAUGGACAAGACUGAGAAGGAGGGUGGCUUGAAUAAUCAUGCUGAUCCCAUCCUGACAUUGAUUGGCAACAGCAAGAAUGAGAGUAAGACCUGGAAAAGUAGUUUGAAGUCAGAUGAAACUGUCAGUCAGUAUUUGAAGCCACAUUCAGCUGUGAAUAAACUACCUCAGGAAGAAUACAGGCAUCUGGCAGGUCUCUUCAAUCAGGCACAAGAAUGGAAAGAACCAGAGCUUGGAGGGAAUAGUUUUAAUAGGACAGGACCCAUGUCUAAUGAGGUGACAGUACAAAAAGAGCAGGAAAGCAACACAUGGAAUGAUUACUCUGAUAAUUGGCCUGGAGGACAUAUCAAGAACCAGGCAUCAUUAAGGACACCUGUUUCCCAGACACCUAACCAGCAUGUUUCAGUGCAAUAUUUUUUUUUUCUGAUUUCUUCACAAAUGAGGGUAGAGGAGACAGUAAGCAGUAAGCACAGAAGUAAAAGGGACCUCAGGAAAUCAUAUUUAACACUGGUAUAUGCAGGCUCACAUAAUUGGAAACCCAAUCACAGUAAUUCCAUCAUUCGGGGUAUAGGUGUAAAUGGAAAAGAAGGAAAAUACCCAUGGAAUAGGGUUAGCAGAGGUGUGAACAACCAUUCUGCUUCUUUUGGGGGAGUUCAAGGACUGCCACAAGGAAGAGGACUAGCAGACACAUUCAAUGGUGGUGGUGGUGGGCCUGCUCGACAACCAGACCAUGGCAGGAGAGGCAGACAGUCCUCCAGUAGGCCUUGGAGAGGAAGGGGAAACCAUCCAUGGAACAAAAGGGAAGAACAUGGUGGUACUGAAGCUGAACAAUUUAGUGCAGAUUCAAGAGGCUCCUGCUUUAGGACUGCUUCUCAUCAACUGUUACUUGAGCAGCAGAAGAAGUUUGGGAGAGGAGGAGGCGUAGGUGUGGGAGCAGCAUCAUAUGGGUCAGGAUCACGCUCAUUGGGUAUUCGUAAAAGUGUCAGCAGCAAAUUUGCCCCACCUGUGCGGAAAGAAGAUGAGUAUGGUAGUGAUGAAAUUAUGAGAAGGUGCUUACCUCAAGGAUCCUCCAGAAACACUGCAGCAGAAGACAGUCCUUAUGCUGAUCUCCUCAUUGAUCCAAGACUUGCAAACAUUGAUGCCAAAAUGGUGGAGAUGAUCAUGAAUGAAAUCAUGGACAGUGGACCAGAUGUGACAUGGGAUGACAUAGCAGGUUUAAAGCUGGCCAAAAGCACCAUCAAGGAAAUUGUAGUGUGGCCAAUGCUGCGUCCUGACAUCUUCACUGGACUGCGAGGUCCACCAAAGGGUUUGCUGCUCUUUGGUCCUCCAGGAACAGGAAAGACAAUGAUUGGCAAAUGUAUUGCCUGUCAGAGUGGCUCAACAUUUUUCAGCAUCAGUGCAUCAUCUCUUACCUCUAAAUGGGUGGGUGAAGGAGAGAAGAUGGUGAGGGCUAUGUUUGCUGUGGCAAGGUGCCACCAGCCAGCAGUCAUCUUUAUUGAUGAAAUAGAUUCCCUACUUACCCAACGCUCAGACUCUGAGCAUGAAAGUUCAAGGCGCAUUAAAACAGAAUUUCUUGUUCAACUGGAUGGAGCUACAACAGAGAGUGAAGAAAGACUGUUAGUGGUUGGAGCAACCAACCGGCCUCAAGAACUAGAUGAAGCUGCGCGAAGAAGACUAGUCAAGAAAUUGUAUAUUCCUUUGCCAGAUCACCAGGCUCGACAGCAAAUCACAGAGAAAUUGAUGGCAAGCCAGAGCCAUACAUUAAUGCCUGAUGAUAUUAAUUAUAUCUGCAAGUUGACUGAAGGCUACUCGGGGGCUGACAUGGCCAACUUGUGUCGGGAGGCUGCACUCGGGCCCAUUCGAUCCAUCAAUUUUGAUGACAUCCAUCAUAUAUCAGUAGAGCAGGUGCGGGCUAUAACACUGGAUGACUUUGUGAAGGCCCUGAGCUGCAUUAAAGCCAGUGUGUCUGAUAAGGACCUUCACAUGUAUGAGGAGUGGAAUAAAAAGUUUGGAAUUUCUUCAAGAUAGUACUGUUAAUGUAAGUUAUUUUGUUCUGUUAUCAUUCACAUUCAUGUUUAUAACAAUCUUUGGUGAUGUUUCAUGCAAUUAUUAUUAGAACAGCGAGGAUUAUCUCAUUUUCUAAGUGAAUGCUAUUUUCUGUAAAUUUUCAAAUGAAUAUGUAAUACCAGUCUGGAUAAUAAGUACAAAUUUCUUACUGAAAAUAAAAAUAGCAGUCUUAAAA